AUGACGGCUGCUUCUUCUUCAUCAAGGAAGUUGAGAAUCACAGGAGCGCGAUGCGAUCUUCCAUCAUCCGCCGCUCUUUUUUCGUCGACCUGUGCGUCUGACUCAGCCCGUGCAUCUCUGCUAACUCUUCCCUUUUUCUUCUUAUCAGUCGUUGCUGCGGAUGGACUCUAUAAAAGAGAAGUUUUCCGCUUUCCGGAUCCGUUCGCGGUGAUCACCGUCGAUGGCGAGCAAACGAAUACUACCUCAGUUAUCAAAAAGACACUCAAUCCGUACUGGAACGAGUCGUUCGAUGUCAACGUCACCGAGUCUAGCAUAAUCGCAGUCCAAAUCUUUGACCAAAAGAAGUUCAAGCGAAAGGAUCAAGGAUUCCUCGGCGUCAUCAACAUCCGCGUUGGCGAUGUCAUCGAUCUAUCUCUCGGCGGAGAGGAAAUGCUCACCCGAGAGCUCAAGAAGUCUAACGACAACGUAGUCGUCCACGGCAAACUCAUCAUCAGUCUCUCGACCAACAUUGCCUCUUCAUCGACUAACCGUCCCGCCAACUCUUCUUCAUCCUCUGUCGCUCACUCUGCCUCUGGAGCAUCCGCUGCGACUGCCAGCACCGCCGCUACUGCUUCCUCCAGAUCUACUGCUGCGACCGAGAAUGCCGCUGCCGCGACCAACGGCAACGGCAGCAGCAAUAGUACCCCUCGCCCUGCUUCUGCUACGGCCACCGGUACUGGCUCUGCUGCCGCUGCGGCCACUGUUACUACAAACUCCACAAGCACUGCCUCUGGCCCCAGCUCCAACAGGGUAUACAGCUCGUUUGAGGAUCAGUACGGUCGUCUUCCCCCUGGAUGGGAGCGCAGGACUGACAACCUCGGCCGCACCUACUACGUCGAUCACAACACUCGCUCCACCACCUGGACUCGUCCUUCGUCUACGAACUUUAACGAAAGCGAGCAGCGGGCAGCUAUGCAGUCCAACACCGAGAUGGAGCGCCAGAGACACCAGAGCCGGACCUUGCCGGAGGAACAUUCUCGCGCGAACUCGCCGAGCAAUGGAUCCGAGCACCCGUCGCCGGCAGCUAGUGUGAGCACCCUCCAGCAGAUGGCUACCGGUGCCACCACAGCUGGCCUGGGUGAGCUUCCGUCUGGAUGGGAGCAGCGUCAUACUCCCGAGGGCAGAACGUACUUUGUUGAUCACAAUACCCGAACCACUACGUGGGUUGACCCCAGAAGGCAGCAGUACAUUAGAAUGUACGGCCCUAACGCGAACAACACUACCAUCCAGCAACAGCCGGUUUCUCAGCUUGGUCCCUUGCCCAGCGGAUGGGAGAUGCGACUAACAAACACCGCCCGCGUUUACUUCGUCGAUCACAACACAAAGACUACCACUUGGGAUGACCCUCGCUUGCCUUCUAGCUUGGACCAGAACGUUCCCCAGUACAAGCGCGACUUCCGUCGUAAGCUUAUCUACUUUAGAUCACAGCCUGCUCUGCGAAGUCUUCCUGGCCAGUGCCAUAUCAAGGUUCGCCGUAACCACAUCUUUGAGGAUUCAUAUGCCGAGGUCAUGCGUCAAAGCCCACAAGAUUUGAAGAAGCGUCUCAUGAUCAAGUUUGAAGGUGAAGAAGGUCUCGACUACGGUGGAGUUUCCCGUGAAUUCUUCUUCCUCCUCUCGCAUGAGAUGUUUAACCCCUUCUACUGCUUGUUUGAGUACUCCGCCCAUGACAACUACACUUUACAGAUCAAUCCUCACUCUGGCAUCAAUCCUGAGCAUCUUAACUACUUCAAGUUCAUCGGUCGCGUUGUUGGCCUUGCUAUUUUCCACCGCAGAUUCUUGGACGCGUUCUUCAUCGGUGCUUUCUACAAGAUGGUUCUCAAGAAGCGCGUGGUUCUUUCUGACAUGGAAGGUGUCGAUGCCGAGUUCUACCGCAACUUGAGCUGGACUUUGGACAAUGAUAUCACUGAUAUUCUGGAUCUCACAUUCUCCACGGAAGACGAUCGCUUUGGUGAAUUGGUCACCGUCGAUCUGAAGCCGAACGGUAGGGAAAUUCCAGUGACGAAUGAGAACAAGCGCGAGUACAUUGAGUUGAUCACCGAGUGGCGUAUCUCCAAGCGUGUUGAGGAGCAAUUCAAGGCGUUCAUGUCUGGAUUCAACGAGCUUAUUCCUCAGGAGUUGAUCAACGUGUUUGACGAGCGAGAGUUGGAGUUGUUGAUUGGUGGUAUUGCUGAUAUCGAUGUCGAUGACUGGAAGAAGCAUACCGACUACAGAGGUUACUCUGAGAGUGAUGAGGUCAUUCAGUGGUUCUGGAAAUGUGUCCGAAGCUGGGAUGCGGAACAGAAGUCGCGUCUGCUCCAGUUCACUACUGGUACUUCGCGUAUCCCCGUCAACGGAUUCAAGGAUCUCCAAGGUAGCGAUGGUCCUCGUCGCUUCACGAUCGAGAAGGCGGGCGAAAUCCAGCAACUGCCAAAGUCGCACACCUGCUUCAAUAGAGUUGAUCUCCCGCCAUAUAAAGACUACGAUGCCAUGGUUCAAAAGAUGACAUUGGCGGUGGAGGAAACUGUUGGAUUUGGCCAGGAAUAG